AUGCCUCGGUCUUGGAUUUCUUGCUUACUCGUCCUUGUGACGACGGCUUCUUCGCUCAUAGAAGCCCGUCCGAUGCUCGAGAGCCCCGUUCGGCGAGCCUACAGCGUUGAUGAUCCGAGUCUGCCAGCAGCAGUUAGGACAAUCUGUGACGGUGGCGUAAAUGCCACUACAGUCUUGUCUUCUACAGAACUCUUGUUCAACGGGACCGUCGGCCAUUUGACGACGGGCACAUGCACACUACCACAGGUCGGACAGGCUUCUAGUGGUCCCUCAGGCGGAGAUGGUUUGCGAGCCCCUUCUUGCCCUACUGCACGCAACAAUUGCGCAAUUCGGUUUGGAAACAAUGGUUUUGAUUCGAAUGCAGUGAGCAAGUGCGGUGCUCCAUGUACCUCCUCGUGCUACUCUGGCAAUCCUGGCGGUGGCCCUGAUCCCAACGAUUGCGAAUAUGCAAUUGGACUCUUGUUUGCCCGCAAUCCUCAACUGUUCACCCUCCCGACGGGAGGUUACAAUUUGUUUACAUGGAGGUCAUGCGGCAUAGGAAUCCAGAACCAGAUUGUCAGCUCGGGAGCGCCCUGCACGCAACGAAUGCAAUAUGACUAUGCCGAUGUUGCCAAUGUAGCUCGCUAUCUCGCUUGGAACUGCCAAGCCGCACAAAAUGCGCAUGGCGGACGCUGUACCGCCGACUCGGGCGUCUAUGUUCCAAAUUUCCCUGACUUCUAUAUCCAGGUCUAUCGUAAUCAGUAG